UCGCUGGCGGCCGGGCUGAAACGUCAUCUCUCCCAGAGACAGACUGUUGACGGAUAUAGGGGACGACCAAUCGACGAUGACCAUUGAAACUUCGGCUAACACAGCCCCGCCCCAUUCACUUGAUCGAGUUCUCUCUUGGCCAGUGGCGUCGUGGCAUGGGCGGAGCAGGAAGAGGUGGGGGCGGUUGCCCGGCGGUAGCUGUACGCGCAGGUCGGGGACAGCAGCAUGGCGGAAGACGAGAGUGAUCAGGAGUCGGAGAGGCUGGUGGAAGAGCUGGAAGCCAUAACCGAGGAGGAGCUGGGGGGGCUGGGAGUGGGGGCGCUGAGGAGCCAGGAGUACUGCCGCCGCUUCUGUGAGGUUGUUGAGGAGUAUACUGCGCGAUGGCAAGUUCCACUGCCCCAGCUUCAAGUACUACAGACGGCUUUGUGUUGCUUCACAUCCGCAAGUGUGUCUUUCCAAGCUGAAUGUGAGCACGUACAGUAUGUUUUGAGUAGACUAGCUUUGAGUCUGUUUGAGUUGCUGCUGUUUUUUGGAAAGGAUGAAUUCUACGAAGCCCCUUUAAAAGACAUUCUUGGCUCUGUUCAGGAAUGCCAUGACCUCUUAAUCCGCUAUGACAACAUAGACCUACGGUUGGUUACUUGUGUUAUUAAGGAUGGAGGCCCUUGGGAGAAUCUAGUAUUACAAGCUAUACUCAAGGGAAAAUCAGAACCUCAAGAUAUUGUUGAUAAAUACUUGAGGUCUGAGAAUCAGCUGUUCUUCGAAUUGCGCGUUAGAUACCUCAUCGCCUGUGAACGCAUUUCGGAAGCCGUGGCUCUAAUAACAACUUGCCUAAGUCAUCCUGAAAUCGGUAGAAAUCUGUAUUACCAUCAGGCCUAUUUUACAUGUCUGUAUAUGACUCGCUUAACUGACAGGCUGCUCUCUGAGCAUGUGCUCAGAAUAGAUUGCUGCGAUGGAGUGAAAAUUAUUUGCGAUAUUGAAAAAGAAGGAAAAACGGCUUUGGCGCUGCAGCUCAGUGAGGCUUUUCUCAUAACACAGUUACAGACUGGGAAAAUGUAUUGUGUUUGGGAGUUAAUAUUUAUUUGGAGUAAACUUCAACUGAAAGUAAACCCCUCGAAGCAAGUGUUUGUUGAGCAGUGCUACAAUAUGUUAAGGAUUGCGGCCAAUGUUAAAGUCAUAUUUCCCUUCAUGAAGAUCUUCAAAGAGGAGAUAGGAGAAGCUGGUGUACAACUGUCGGUCGAGCUAUGUGGAUGUGCGUUACAGUUGGACCUUCACAAUAAUCCUGAAACAAAAUCUUUAAUUUAUAAAACUAUAUCUUACCUUUUACCCACUGACUUGGAGAUUUGCAGAAUCUGUGCAUUAUCCGUUUUCUUUUUGGAACGAACCCUAGAAUUUUAUAGGGAUGUGGAACGUUUGUACAAAUACUCAGAUGAGGAUUAUAACGAGUUCACCAGCUACGUCGAAAACCGGGUGCGCUUUGAACUACUUCCAAUCUUAAAAAGGGGUUUAGUGUUCGAUCCAGAAUUUUGGAGUUUUGAAAUGAUCCAGACAAACUGUGCUUCUCUGCUCGGAGAGAAGGCUGCAGUGGCUUUAUCAAACCCUACUACACCGGAACCCCUGCAAACUCCAAACACUGUGUGCCCCGUUGUCUGUCCGGAUGUUAAACAAAGUUUGUCUUCAGAUAUUUCUGGGAUGCAGUUACGUAAUGGCGUAUUAAAGCACAAAGAAAUCAGGAGCAGGCUGAGAGUUUCUACAAAUGCUAGGAGAAACCAUACCGUGUUCAGUCCUCCUAUGCUGGAGCAUUAUGUUCCGAAGCAUCUUUGUACUUUGUGUAAUAAGGAAUUUUUGGGCGGUCAUAUCUUUAGGCAUGCACACACUCAUCACACUAAAGGCUGCUUUUCAUGUGUUAUAUGUGCCCGAAAGUUCAGGAAUAGAAUAAACAUGGUAAGGCAUUUAAAACAUCACUUGAAGAUAAUGCAAAGGCAUCCAGUUACAAGUCCACCAGAAGCUCCACCGAACGGUCCCCUCCAUUUGGCUUCGGAUACAAAUGAAGUUCACUCCUCGGAAGCUUCAUCUUUAUCUUUAGAAAAUGGAAAUUCUAGUAGUUCAGCCAAUGAAAUAUUGAGUGCUGCAGACUUGCCGUACCAGGAUCCAGCCCCAGAACUUAUCAUUCCAGAACAAAAUCACGUCAGUGAACUCAAUACAGUAGAUUUAAAUCACUCAACUGCCACACAGACGUCUGUCUCCACUGAUGUCAGUAAUUCAGAAGAUACGACUACAGUACAUGAAAUGCAAGACGUGAAAGAGACACCAAGUAAAAAUCUGACUGAGUGUAUUAAAUUAAAUGGAUCUUUGUGUAGGAAAGUAGACACUGUAGUAAAUAGGCAAAUUAGCUACCAAUGCCCUGCUCAUGGAUGUGACCGUCUUUUCCAAAGGGUAAGGGCUUUGAAUAAGCAUGCAAGGAACGCCCACCCAUCUGACAUGAAGGUACAGCAACACAUAAUGGCAUGGAAUAAGGGGAAAUGUCGCUUCUGCCAGAGAAAGUUUUCGGAUUGCAGUCACUUCAUGGACCAUUUAAAGAGGCACAGCUAUCCCAAUGUCUACUUUUGCCAGCAAUUAAACUGCAAUAAAAGAUUCAAGCUAGCUACUCAGCUCACAGAACAUCAGUUAAGCCAUGAGUCUUUCAUAGCUCAGUGCUGUUUCUUGAACUGUCGUGAAGUUUUUGAACAAGUUUCUUCCCUUUAUGAGCACGAAGCUCUGCACUAUGGACAAAAUUCUCUGGUGGUUGGUCCUCCAUUACUGGACAUGACUAAGCCCAUAGAGACUGUUCCUGUCCCACAGGAGGAUAUUAUAUUAGAAGACAAGCCUGCACUACCUAGUAAGAGGGUUGAACCUGUCCAGGAAGAGGAAGCUGUAGACUUGCCAGUUCCCAUCUGGAGGUCCAGGAAGGAUGUAGCAGAACCAAAGACGUAUAAACAAGUGGAGAAAAAACUGAAUGCCGAAAAUAGUUGUAAAGUUUCAGAGGUAAAUGUUAGGCCGGAUCUAGUUCAAGAAGUGCCACCAGCUGCGGUUGAGGAACAAAUCCCCAAUGGAUGUGGUAUGCUUGAGCAGACUGCGGUGGAAGUAGAAACCUCAGGAACUGUAGCUAAUACUACAGAAAGAGAUGUAAAUGAUGCAUUGGGCUCAGAUACUGCACAAGAGGGUCUACUGACAAGCAGUGCUACUGUAAACACACAAACUCCCUCCAAGCCAAAUCCCGCCCCUUGCACGAGUGAUUAUGGCACAGCUGAAAAGCGGCAAUACAGAAGACCGUUGCCACCAAGUUACCUAGAUGAGCAGUACCUUAGCAUGCCAAAACGCAGAAAGAACAACCAAGGACAACUUGAUGAAAACCAGACUGUUUCCAAAACUUCCGUGGACAAAUUUAGAUGCUCCAAGUGCCUAACGAAUUACUGCAGCUCAGAAGCACUUGAACAGCAUCUAGCACAAAAGAAGUGUCAGCUGUACUUUGGGUUCGACUCAGAUGAUGAAAGUGCCUGGUGAACGCUUGCACAAGAAGAUAAAACAAACAUCGUUUUUUUUGUUUUGUUUUUAUAAAUUUGGCCUUAAACAAUGGGACUUAACCAGCUUUCACAUUUUUACUAAGAAUAUUUGUAGAGUGCUAGGUGUGUAUAUUUCAAGUCCAGAAAAAAAAUGUUCACUUUUCACAUUUUAGCAACAACAAAAAAUUGUGCCAUGUAAUUUUGAAGUGUGUACUGCCUUGAAGAUUGAACUAAAUAAAAUAUUUUAUAUUUAUCACA